UUCGGACACCAAGGCCCGGGUUCCAGAUCCCCGGUCUCGCGCUACUCCGGACCUCGCGAUUAAUGGGAAGUGAGGAAAGCUUUUCUCUUCUGUUUGGGAUGCUUUGUUCUCUGGUGGUGACUGUGCCAAUGGGUGAGUUGUAUCCGGAAAAUCGUCGUGUGAGGACCAGAGGAGAAAAGAAGACGCCACGUUAAUUCUACGAGGCCUCGGGUCCCUGCCUGCCCCGGUGCUCAUGGAACCUGCUGCUGCCCUGCCCUUCUCCCUGCCAGCCUCCCUCCUGCUCCUCCUCCUCAGCCUGCGUGCACUGGUCUCAGCACAGUUUACUGUCAUGGGGCCAGCUGUUCCCAUCCUGGCCAUGGUGGGAGAAAACACAACGUUACGCUGCCAUCUGUCCCCUGAGAAAAAUGCUGAGGACAUGGAGGUGCGGUGGUUCCGGUCUCACUUCUCCCCGGCAGUGUUCGUAUAUAAGGGUGGGAGACAGAGAACAGAGGAGCAGAUGGAGGAGUACCGAGGAAGAACCACCUUUGUGAGCAAGGACAUCAGCAGGGGCAGCGUGGCCCUGGUCAUACACAACGUCACAGCCCAGGAGAACGGCACCUACCGCUGUUACUUCCAAGAAGGCAGGUCCUAUGAUGAGGCCAUCCUGCGCCUCGUGGUGGCAGGCUUUGGCUCUAAGCCCCUCAUUGAAAUCAAGAUUCAAGAGGAUGGGAGCAUCCGGCUGGAGUGCAUAUCCAGAGGGUGGUACCCAGAGCCCCUCACAGUGUGGAGGGACCCCUGUGGUGAAGUUGUGCCUGCCCUGAAGGAGAUCUCCACCCCUGACACAGACGGCCUCUUCAUGGUCACCACAGCUGUGAUCAUCAGAGACAGGUCCGUGAGGAACAUGUCCUGCUCUAUCAACAACACCCUGCUCGGCCAGGAGAAGGAAAGUGUCAUUUUUAUUCCAGAAUCCUUUAUGCCCAGCACGUCUCCCUGGAUGGUGGCCCUGGCUAUCAUCCUGGCCACAUCUCCCUGGACGGUGGCCCUGGCUAUCAUCCUGGCUAUUUUCAUCAUCUUUGUGGCUGUGAGCAUCAGUUGCAUCAAGAAACUUCAAAGGGAAAGAAAGAUUCUUCUGUCAGGGGAGAAGGAGGUUGAACAGGAAGAAAAAGAAAUUGCACAGCAACUUCAAGAAGAAUUGAGAUGGAGAAGAACAUUCUUACAUGCUGCCGAUGUGGUCCUGGACCCAGACACCGCUCAUCCCGAGCUCUUCCUGUCAGAGGACCGGAGAAGUGUGAGGCGCGGCCCAUACAGGCAGAGCGUGCCAGACAACCCAGAGAGAUUCGACAGUCAGCCCUGUGUCCUGGGCCGGGAGAGCUUUGCCUCCGGGAAACAUUACUGGGAGGUGGAGGUGGAAAACGUGAUGGUGUGGACUGUGGGGGUGUGUGGAGACAGUGUUGAGAGGAAAGGGGAGUUCCUGCUGCUUCCUCAGAAUGGCUUCUGGACCUUGGAGAUGUUUGGCAACCAGUACCGGGCCCUGUCGUCCCCUGAGAGGAUUCUCCCUUUGAAGGAGUCCCUUUGCCGGGUGGGCGUCUUCCUGGACUAUGAAGCUGGAGACGUCUCCUUCUACAACAUGAGGGACAGAUCACACAUCUACACAUGCCCCCGUUCAAUCUUUUCUGUGCCUAUGAGGCCCUUCUUCAGGUUAGGAUCUGAUGACAGCCCCAUCUUCAUCUGCCCCGCACUCACAGGAGCCGAUGGGGUCACGGUGCCUGAAGAGGGCCUGACACUUCACAGGGCAGGGACCCACCACAGCCCACAGGAUCAAUUCCCUGGUCUCACAGCCAUGUAGACAAGCCCUGGCCAUCUCAGCAGCCACCGCACAAUGCCCCUGGUGGAAGACACGCCCUCCCCGCUCUGGUCACAUAAGAGGACGUCUUGCAGCUGCCUGUUUCACACCCCGUCCAGACCUCAGCCCCUGUUCACCUCCUGACUAGGCUGUGGCUUUAGCAGUUCAUUUGCUUGUUACUGUGGGAUGGGAUCCAGGCGUAGGGAACUAGUUGUUACACAGCUCCCAGCCAGGAAGAAAGUGUGAGAAGCUGAUUGGCAGCGAACCUGCUGUUUAGCAUCAGGGUGACGACAUUGAGCCCAGUAUGCCAGUUGGCACCAGAUGCCAUGGACUUGGAAUGAAGCCAACAGUUUUUGCCAGGAUGUGAGAGAAGAGAGGAAUCCACACGACCACCGGAGGGGAGAGGGAACCAGAUAUGCAGGUCAGAGACACGAAGUGGAACCAGAGAGCUGAGAGGGACCAAGGUUGUGAGGGUGGCUGAGUCCCACUAUAACAGCUGAGGGGUCCCAGGAGACGAUGACUCAUCUCCACCCAGCCCCAGGAUUUCCAGAGCACACACCCACAGGCCUGGACCUGGGAUGAAGAUGAAUGAAGAACAUGGACAUGUGGGUGUGGUUGAGUCAGGUGCCCCUGCAGUAAACAAGGAGUCAGUACUCUGUCCUCGAGUGUGGUUGAGAUUUGAGGUCCUGGUGGAGCGGGGCAGUACUGGACCAGAUCUACCUGAGCGUUCCGGUUCAGUGGGGGCUCCAGUAACUUCAAACUUCCUGGUCUCAUGAUGUCUUUAGACACUUAGAAAUUAGUGAGGACCUUGAAGAGCUUUUGUUUAUUUGGGUUAAUGUUUGUUAAUAUUUAUGGUCUUUGACAUUGAAACAAAAAUUUUAAAUGUUAUUUAUUAUUUCGUGUUAAAAUAGCAUGAAUAAAUCAAUUAUAGGUUAACAUAAAUAGGAUAUUUUAUGAAAAAGCAAUCUAGUUUGUCCAAACAAAAGAUCAGGAAGUAUGACA